AUUGUUGCAUGUUAUAAAUUUGACUUGAAUAUGCUACUUUGCACGUGCAAAUAGCAUUUUAAGCUAUAUGAUUAAAUUUUGCCUCAAUGAGCUAUACUAAUGAUGGGCUAUAUGAUAAUAAAUAUUGUGUUGUUAUUUAUAAAUUUGAUAACAAACACAAUAUCAGGCAAUGUCUGAUAGUCAGUCUGACGAUGCUGCCGGGGAGUUGGGAGAUAUUGCAGGAGAGGGAUCAAAGAUAUCAGUUUCAACAGAAAAUGACACUGAGAUGGACAUAGAAGAGAUGGAUUCGAUUGCAGAUUAUGAAGCACCUAUGCCUGAAGAAGUUGCUGCGAAACCAGCUCUUGUUCCUAAUAGUCCAAAGAAAGAACCAAGCGCAGACUCUAAAAAAGAAGGAAGUGCUCCAAAGCAGGAUGCAUCAGCUUCAAAAAAGGAUUCUGUUCCUGCUGAGAAAACUCCAGCUCCGUCUAAAGACACUGCUUCAGCUCCCGAGCCAUCCAAGCCAACACCUUCACUCGAUGAUGGAUCAAAAACAAAAAACCUUCCUAAUGACUCUAAACCUGAAACAGUCGAAACAGCAAAGCCUACACCAGAAACUGCAGCAGCAGAAUCCCCAAUUGUACCUGAGCAAAAACCAGAAUCCAUAAAAGAAGAAACUAAAUCGGAGAAACACAGUGAAAACUUAUCCAAGAAAAGUGACAGAUCAAGCCACCAUGAUAGCAAUGAGAACAAGAGCAGAAGCAAAAGCAGGCAUUCAAGUAAAAACACUCCAAAGGAAGAUCGUACCAAAGAAGAUGACAGGUCAGGAGAAAAAACUCCAACACCUGUUUCACAGUCCAGAAGUCACAGAGAAUCACCGAGAAGCAGCAGGAGCCAUUUCAAGUCAUCACGUACGUCUUCUGAGAGGAAGUCUCAAACACCAAGCACAAGAACGAGAUCUGUUCCUGAGGAGCGCUCCCAGUCAAAAUCCUCCUUUGAUGAGUACCACCAGAGUUCCACUAAAGCAUCCGGUCACCGACAAAGCAGGGAUCCUCAAAAGGAACGCAGUUCUACCUACACAACAUGUGCCCGUGCUGAGACAACACCUUCACAACCACAUCUUUUCGGGGAUACGGAGGAGAUGUCCAUUGUAGUGGACACAAACGAACUUGUGUCCAUUUCCGUUAGUUCUGGUUUACAAUCACUGCGUGAUAUGUUCUUUGAUGAGAACGAUUCUCACAAAGGAUAUCUUGUUGCCCAAGAAGGCCAUCUGGAAGCAACAUAUUGCUCUCACAGACAUGGAGAAGAAGGAGAGCAACCCUCGAGAAUAUCCCAUCCCUCUUUCAACAGUCAUCUUGAGCCAUCCCCGAUUUUGUUGCCAGAUAUUGAUCAGAGAACUUAUAUAAAGAAGGGAGGAACAAGCUACACUUCUAUCAGUGAAUCUACUGAUUGCAUGAUUACUCCAGCGGACCCACCAGUAGAAGCCGGCAAGCUCUCACCGAUAGAAACGUACAGUAUUCCUGAAUCAGAGUCUACAGACGAUGACAUCACACCACGUGACAGGCCCCUUCCCAACAAGGACAAGAAAGUUGAUUUCGCUGCGGGAAGUGAUGUAAUCUCACUGACUCUUGAUGAGCGUUACUCUGAUGUGGAAGGAGAACUUUCUGAAGCUCCCAAUCCAAAAGAACACGAUGUAGACGAGAUGAGUGCUUGCAAGUGAGGACAUCAUCAAAGCAAUAGACAGGAAAUACUUGUCAUUCACCC